AUGGAGGGCAAGAUUGAAUCUGUUCAGGUCUUUGGCCGCAAGAAGAACGCAACGGCUGUUGCUUACUGCAAGCGUGGCCAAGGUCUGAUCAAAGUGAACGGCACGCCCAUUGAACUCGUAGAACCGGAGAUCCUGCGUGUCAAGACCUACGAACCUGUGCUUUUGCUUGGCCAGCAGCGUUUUGCUAACGUGGACAUUCGUAUUCGUGUAAAGGGUGGUGGUCACACUGCGCAGAUCUAUGCGAUCCGUCAGGCUAUUGCCAAGGCUAUUGUUGCUUACUACCAGAAGUAUGUGGACGAGGCAUCUAAAAAGGAGAUUAAGGACAUUUUGCUUGCCUACGACCGUACGCUCCUGGUAGCUGAUCCUCGUCGCUGCGAGGCCAAGAAAUUUGGUGGUACCAGUGCUCGCGCUCGUUUCCAAAAGUCAUACCGUUAA